AUGGAAGUGAGGGAUAAGCGGGCGAGCCAAUCACAGGGCUACAAGCACACGACCAACAACCGUAUGGAGUUGAUGGGCGCGGCUGAAACUCUGGAUUUGAUCGAUAACGUAGAAAAAGUCAUCUUGAUCACCGAUUCCGAGUACUUGGUGAGUGCGAUGACGCGCGGGUGGGCGAAGCGUUGGCGCAAAAAUCAGUGGGUUAAGCAGGACGGCGAGAAGGCCAAGAACACCGAUCUGUGGAAGCGCAUCCUUCAUGCCAGCGACCGCUUGAAGCGAGUGGAGUUCCGGUGGGUGCGUGGCCAUGCCAAGUUCCGUGAGGCCUUUGGGUCGGAAAACGCGAUGUGUGACAAGCUAGCCAAAGAAGCGGCUGGUCAGCCGGAAGAAAAGCUUGCUGGCGGACGACGGGUACGAAGAUUAGUUCGCCUGGGUUCAGUUGGCGGUCAACGCGGGCCCAGGAAGAUUUUAGCGGUCUUCGCGCUUUCGGCCUCGCGCAUCGAUGGACACCCUAGAAUUGUGCCCAAGAUGACGUCUAGCUCACAACAAGAUCUUUUCGUUUACUCCGAUGGUGGUGCCAUCGGUAACCCGGUCCGGGGGGAUUCGGUGUCGUGA